CAUCAGCGUCCCCCACGACACGCAUAUAUGGACUAUGAAUCAAAAAUGCACCCAGAGAAGAACGUUAAAGUCAAAGAAGUGAUCACGACACUUUUAAAACUUCUCUCGGCUGUUGGCAUUGGGCCGGUACCAACUGCUGAAACGUUUAGGCGAGCCAAAUUCAACAAGACGGAGGCGGCACAAGACUUAUGGAGGUUACUUAAUACUCUCCUAAUGAAGGUGUUUGUACAGGACCAUGAAUGCAAAGAGGCAGCAUACCCAGACUUAGAUUCACAGUUCAGGUUUGUGAGUAGUGCUCUGUGGCACAGCGGUUAUAGGGGCUGGUGGGUGGCAGGACCCCGGGCCUGUGGGAGUAGACAUGAGGUUGGGAGCAGAGACUUGCUGCUAGCCUUCGGCUGGGUGAUGGCUUCAGGGAACUUGCUCGUGUCCUUGUUAGGAGAGAAGGGUCUGGAAUUAGAGCUGCUCUCAUCUGCUAAGGGUAUGCAUGGUCUGGAGGACCUGGCGCUGGAUUUAUGCGCGUGUGGCAUGGAUGGAGCAUCAUGCAGACAAGAUGUGAGGACCCUGCAGUGGCAGUAUGGUAAACUGAGGCUGCAGUGGCGGAGUCUUAUAGCAACCCAGCAAGAGCAAGCCAAGCUUACACAUAAGGUUUUCUCCAAUCUUGGUUCCUCCUCCAUAUCUGAGGCCAGUGUUGUUGAUAUUCCUGAUAUCCCAAGAUCCACUGCACUUGACAAGGAUCUGGAGCACAUACAGUGUUUGAAUGGAAUACUUGAGGCAUAUUUGGAAUGGAACGUUGUGGAACCAUUGUUCUGGUGCUGGAUGGACAGUGUGAUCGAUGGCUGCCUUUCAGAACGGUGCAUUGAAGGGUCUAAUGAUAUGCCACAAGGGACAGAGACUGUCACACAUAGCUGUUCCCAUGUCAACAAGGCCAGGAGAUCUGUUAGACAUCUAGACAAGAUGCUGCUGAGACUACAAACAGAGCUCAGACGAGUAGAGCCGACAAGACGCGCUCUUACACAGGGCAGGCACGCAGUGGCAGCCCAGCUCUCCCAUGAGCAGAAAGGGAGGGUAGAAAAAAGAGUGGCCACCUGCUUACAAGGUCUGUUUCAGGCACACGCCCCCACAGCCACCUCAAGAGGCUUCAUACCGUACCUCCAUGGGCCACAGGUCUCCAGGUCAACUCAUCAGUCCCAGAGCAGCGACCCAGGUCAGGCAGUGGCCUCAGGAAUGCUCUGGGCUUCGGCAGCAAUAAGGGAGCUGGGGGAAAGGAAGGCUGUGCUGGAGUGGGAACUGGAGCUGCUUAGGCACAGCCAAAGAAAGGAGAUGGAAGUCAGUGCCAGUACACAGGAAGGACUGUUGCUUGUUCCGCCACUCAAGAGAUGACACAGGCAUACACUCACAUACACGCAUGCGCAGCAGUCCUGGAGGCAGGUUCUCAUUAAAUCAUUUAGUGCCAAGAUGGAAGACACUCUAAAGACUACUAGGGAUAUAAAAUUAAUUUAUAAGAGAAAAAAGCAGGAAUUUUAGGAUUUCUUUCUUUCAGUCUAUUCAUUUGUUUAUUUAAAAGCAUUACAAAUCGUUAAAAAAAAACUUGUUUACUUAAUUCAUAGCCUUGACAGUCUUUACAUUUUCACUUUGUAAAAAAAAAAAAAAAAGAUCUUGGGAAAAGGUUUAAAAAAAACCAAACAAAACCUAAAAAGGGUAACCUCAACGAAAGAACCUCUAACUGACUCCUAUAGACCUGUGUGCCUGUGUGAAAGGCACUUUUUUAUUGUGAGCAUUUUUGGAUAAACAAAAGAAUAGACUAGGGUAUCUGAAGUAAGGCAUGGUUUUUGUAUAUUUCCUGCUCAUUUUCCCAUGAAGUUUUCACAGAAUUCGGACAAUUCUGCUACAAAGAUUCUAGUGUUGAUAUACAUUCUCAGAAAUGUGUGGAUUCCUCCUACUAAAGCUAGGACACUUAUUACUACACAUAAACAAAUAUGUAUUUGGAAAGUUGUGAACAAACUAGGGUAGCGAGACAAUACUAGUGGUAGGACAAGUCAAAGAUUUCUGCGUGGGUGGUAGGAUUAAGAGAUUAAAGGAAGUCAUUUUUAGCGCUGAUUUUCAUCAGGGUUAUGAGCAUAGUGUCAAUCCUGGCGCUGUACAGAGCAUGAAGAGAAAGCAUGCUAAAAGGAUUUGCCAUUCCUGUCAAUAAUUCUGGCUUCCUCUGUUAGGGCCAGUUCUGCAGGACUGUUUAUAUCAUGAUGCUUUUUGCAUUUAAAUGCACUGGCUUCUAUAUAUUUUCUCCCUCUCUUUCUCUUGUUUGCUUGUGUGAGUGUCCUCAAUUAACACACUUAUGCUGCUAGCAUUUAGGAAUGAGUUUAUAAAUCCUUUUUGUUUGGGAAUGAGAUCUGUCGUGUGCACAACUCUAUUCCAGUCUAACAUGUUAGCUAUGAUUUUGCCAGGAAGUCGUCCGUAAAUGGCAAUCAUGUCAUAACAGCAUUCUUCCUUAAUGUGAUGGAUCAUUACAGCAAGACCUAAUACCUCUUAGAUAAUAUUAUUGUUUGUCACCCACUUAGCCUUGGUGAUGCAUUUUCUUUUAGAGGCAAGCAAAACACAUUGCAUUUAGAAGGAAAAAGCAAAUAUUUUGUCUUGUAAAUGUCCUUUAAUUGAUUAAUUGUGUACACUCUGCUCUGACCCUUUUUAUGUUGUUCCCUACUUGUGAUGAUUUUUAAUACAUUUUGAACUUUAACUGGAUGCUUGAAUUAGACUUGGGAAAGCAUUCAGUUGGAUAGUACAGCUGGGGUCCUCAGACAUGGGUACCGCUGAUUUAGAACAGUGAUCAGUUGGGAAAAGCAGUCAUACCUUGAUGGCCACUAAGUGAUUUCUUAAUCGCUUCACAAAUUAAAUCAGGUGUUGGAAUAGCAGUAUAGUGUAAAUUUACACCCCCGGUCGAGAAAACAGUUUAAUGUCUAUACCAAGAGCCUGUGAAGCUGGCAACACAAGUACAGAUGCACUCCUGGGAUUAUUCCCAUUAUUUAAUUAGAUGUGAGACAUGGUGUCUCUAAUCCAGCCAAUUAGGAGACUGUGCAAUUGGAAUCAAAAUGACUAGUAGACAGUUGAGCUGCUAGCUCCACCGCCACUGUCCACUCAGCAUAGAUCUACAUUAAGUGCUUCACCUCUCUCACACUGUCUGUCAAACCGGCAGAUGGCCAUGUCUGUUUUAGUGCCAGUACGCCAUUAGAAAAGGCCAAGUUCUCAUGUGAGAAUGGAUGCUGCAAAUGAAAGCACUCCCUCAUGGGAUCUUGUAGGCAGGGAUUUAGCAUUCCUGCAGACAUAGCAAGUGCAAUCCUGUGCUUCCUGAUUUAGAUAAAAGAUCAUUAGAACAUGCUCCACUGCACGUGGUCCUCUAGAGAAGAACAAGGGAAAGAAAUGAGCUGAUUUAGCUCAUCAGCUGAUUAUGAAGGCCUUUGUGAGCUUAAUCAGAUGUGCUAGGGCUAUAGACAUGGUUUGAGUUCAAACUUUGCAGUACUUCUGACGAGGUCAAGACUCCUACUGCAAAAGUCAGACAAAUGAGAUUCAGGUUUGGUAUCUACACCAAAGACCUCAUCAACUCUGCAGCAUUAACAUUUCCAAAGAAUGUCGUGACAGUGCAUCUCUUUAACUGCCUGUUUUUUCCUCUCCACCUCAUCCUGCAAGAAUGGGGAAGAGAGGCAAGUACUGAUACCUCACUGCCUCGUGGGAAAUUUGCCUGCUAUCAGCACAUGGAGAGAUGCAACAGACUAAUGAACAGAGCUGCAGGCUGGGUGAUGGGUGGCGGAGGGCUGAAAUCUUGCUGUCAUUUUCUCUUGGAGCUGCAGAAGUGCAUUUUACUUUUCAGUACCACAGAUGGUGACAGCAAAGAAAAUGAAGAGCUUACCACAGGCUGCCGGCCUAAACACCACCAGAAAUUAAUGUCAUAUAUUAGAAUUAAUUGCACCUUGACUGGGUAAUAAUACAGAUAAGGAAGCAGGAAUAGAAGGUAAGAAGAACAAUGUGUUGAGUUCAGUGCGUGCAGGUAAUCUGAUGUGUCAAUUUGGAGUUGUCGAAUAGCUUUAGAGCUAGAAUCUAUGACCAGUUUUAAACAACUAAACGAUGUUUCUGAGUCCUGUCUUCAAGAAAAUAUUCAAUUAUAAAUUAUAAAAUGUUUAGCUCUUGUCCUUUCUUUUGUACUUCUUUCAGUAUAUUCCUCCAGCCAUAGACUUUCACUCCUGACCCUAACAAAGGGGACACACACACCCCCAAUUAUACCCAGUAGGUACUGAUUUU